CAGAUCUCCAGAGAAACAAGUCAGUAGGAAUUGAAUACCUAAAGUUGAAUCUCUCUGAGAAUUCUUGUUAAGAAUGGCUUUAGAUCUCAGGAUCUCACAUAAGGGAAAACUACCUAGGAAUGAUCCUGGGUCAGAAAACCGAGAGCAUAAACCCCGCCAAGGACCAGCAAUUGAAGAGGAAGAACUCUAUGAGUUCCCAAACACUCAGCUCAGCUUAUUUCAAAAUAGUAACAACUCAUGUGCAAGGCAGGAACUGCAAAAUCUCUAUAAAUUAUUUUACUCAUGGCUGCAGCCAGAAAAACACAGCAAAAAUGAAAUUAUUUCUCGUUUGGUGCUGGAACAGUUCAUGAUCAAUGGCCACUGCAGUGACAGGUCCAUGCUGAAAGAGAAAUGGAAUUCAAGUGGCAGAAACAUGGAGAAAUUGAUGGAAGAUCUGACUGACGACGGCAUGAAGCCACCUGGAUUAGUCCAUGUCCGCAUGCAGGGACAGGAAGCCCUCUUUUCUGAGAAUAUGCCCCUAAGAGAAGUCAUUGUUCAUUUCGGCAAACAGUUGUCAGCAGGAACCCCAACAGGAGAGAACACGGGGACACCCUCCUGUGCUCCCCGGGAUUCUGCCCUGGAAACAGGACAAGGAGAUGAAGAUAAAGAAAAUGGUGGCAACACUGACCAAGUAAAUGGCAGCGUCACUAGUCAAGGCAAUGAAAUCCCUUCCCUACUCGUUAUCCAGGAAGAGGAUCGUCCUAGGCCUGAAGAUGACUGUGUCUCUUUGAAGAAUCCACUCAGCUCUGGAAGAGCAGGUCUAGGUCCCUCCGGGUCCCAGGAGGGGUCCCUGGAAGGACCCCCACAUCAAGACGUGCUUAUGGAAGUGGGACCAGGGUCUCUCUCUCCACCAAUACAGGUCACCCCCGAGCCUCUUCCUACCCACCAGCAUGAGGGAACCUCCACAUGUGAGGGACACCAAGAAAGAUCCCAUGAGGCCCCCAAAUCAUACAGAUGUGAACAGUGUCCCAAGAUCUUUAGGUAUUUCUCUCAGCUAAAAGCCCAUCAGAGAAGACACAAUAACGAGAGGCCAUUUAUCUGUGCUGAGUGUAACAAAGGCUUCUUCCAAGCGUCAGACCUACGUGUGCACCAGAUGAUUCACGCAAGAGAGAAGGCUUUCACAUGCAGCACGUGUGAAAAGUCCUUCAGCCACAAAACCAACCUUAAGGCUCAUGAGAGAAUCCACACGGGAGACAGGCCCUAUUCAUGUUCCCUUUGCCAGAGAAGCUACCGCCAGUCAUCCACCUACCACCGCCACCUGAGGACUCACCAGAAGAUGGCCUUAAAAAGUGCUGCUUCCACGCCAGAAGCUUCCUCAGAUGCAGCCCCAAAGUAAUGUUCAUAAAUGUAUAUGCAUGUAUAUUUCCAUAGCACUUCUCCAUUUAU